AACCUCCGGCUGCGAUCUCCUGUAGCUCCUCCGACCUGGCUCCGUUUCCUCCUGUGUCCUUGCGAGAGAGGCAGAGAGACCUGAAUCUGCUGCUGCUGCUGCUCCGGCUGGUCUCGGAGUUGAAGGUGCUUGAAUAACUUGAAGGUUCAUAGGAACCUUCAUUUGUUCGAAGAUGUAUAGGGCUAAGAGAGCUGCAUUAUCUCCAAAGGUGAAGCGUCGUGUAGGGAAGUAUGAGCUUGGGCGCACCAUCGGAGAAGGAACCUUUGCAAAGGUCCGGUUUGCAAAGAAUACCGAAAAUGACGAGCCAGUUGCCAUCAAAAUCCUUGACAAGGAGAAGGUUCAGAAGCACAGAUUGGUUGAACAGAUUAGGCGUGAAAUUUGUACUAUGAAGUUAGUAAAGCAUCCUAAUGUUGUUCGGCUGUUCGAGGUUAUGGGAAGUAAAGCAAGAAUUUUCAUUGUUCUGGAAUAUGUUACUGGAGGAGAGCUCUUUGAAAUCAUUGCAACUAAUGGAAGGUUGAAGGAGGAGGAAGCACGGAAAUAUUUUCAGCAACUUAUCAAUGCAGUUGAUUACUGCCACAGUAGGGGUGUGUACCACAGAGACUUGAAGUUAGAAAAUUUGCUGCUUGAUGCUUCUGGAAACCUGAAAGUGUCUGACUUUGGUUUGAGUGCUUUAACCGAGCAAGUGAAGGCUGACGGGUUGCUUCACACAACAUGUGGAACUCCUAAUUAUGUUGCUCCAGAGGUGAUUGAGGACAGAGGCUAUGAUGGGGCAGCUGCAGAUAUCUGGUCCUGUGGGGUAAUCCUUUUUGUUCUGCUUGCUGGGUUUUUACCUUUUGAGGAUGAAAACAUCAUCGCUCUUUAUAAAAAGAUCUCUGAAGCUCAGUUUACCUGCCCCUCUUGGUUUUCUUCUGGAGCUAAGAAGCUGAUUACCAGAAUUCUGGAUCCCAACCCUACAACUCGGAUCACCAUUCCUCAAAUACUGGAAGAUCCUUGGUUCAAAAAGGGUUACAAACCACCUGUAUUUGAUGAGAAAUAUGAAACUAGUUUUGAUGAUGUCGAUGCUGCUUUUGGAGACUCUGAAGAUCGGCAUGUCAAAGAAGAAACUGAAGAUCAGCCUACCUCAAUGAAUGCAUUUGAACUCAUUUCACUGAAUCAGGCACUGAAUCUGGACAAUUUGUUUGAGGCAAAAAAGGAGUAUAAAAGAGAGACAAGAUUCACCUCACAGUGUCCUCCAAAAGAAAUUAUCACCAAGAUUGCAGAAGCUGCAAAGCCACUUGGAUUUGAUAUUCAAAAGAAAAAUUACAAGAUGCGGAUGGAAAACCUGAAAGCAGGUAGAAAAGGCAAUCUCAAUGUUGCAACUGAGGUUUUCCAAGUAGCUCCAUCCUUACAUGUGGUUGAGCUCAAAAAGGCAAAGGGGGACACUCUGGAGUUCCAAAAGUUCUACAGAACUCUGUCGACACAGCUCAAGGACGUGGUCUGGAAGUGCGACGGCGAGGUCGAAGGCAACGGCGCCGCGGCGUGAGGUGGUUUGCCAUGACUUUCAGCAGCCGGGGCACCGGUUCGUCGUGUACAUAGCUCGGCCAUGGUCAAUUGUGUUCACCGUAGAGUAGUUUUUGCAAGAAGGGAAAAGGCAAGAUGGAGCAAAAAAAAAAAGAGAGGAGAUAAAGGUUCGUUGAUAGGUAGGCUGCUCCGAUGAAACAACAGGCGCGAGGCCUGCUGUGGAUGAGCUUGUCGCCGGUUAGUUCAUUUAUUUUGUGGCCUUGGAAGCGGUUUAAAGCGAGGUGCACAAGUCUUGUACCGUUCUGAAAGCUUUGUAAUGGUACACCAAUCAGUGCUGCAAUGCAAUGCAUUGCCAGUCAGUUUGUUUAGAAACA